AUGAAGUUCCAAGCCACCCUUGUCGCAGCUCUUCUGCCUCUCGUUGCCCUCGCUGCCCCUGCUGCUGAGAAUGCUCUUGAAUUUGCUCAGGCCAUUCCAGUGAAGGAGGUUCAAGCUGAGACUGAGGCUGUGCGCCGCUCUGCCAGCCUUGAAGAGCUGAGCAAGCGCUCCAGCGUCUCGUGUAAAAUUAUCAACAGCAGUUCCGCCCAGGUGAAUUGCCGCAGCGGGCCUGGCACUUCAUACUCGAUUGCUGGCUAUGUCGCCACUGGCAGCACAUAUACAUUCAAGUGUUACAAAUCUGGCAGCUGCUACGAAAACAACUGCACCUGGGAUCAGGUACCGCUUGAGGGUGGUGGCGUCUGCUAUGUAAAUGGUUACUACACCAGCAGCGCGUGCUCUGCCGCUGCCCUCGGAAAGUGCUGA